AUGGAUCAACCAUUCCCAAUUGGAGGCUCUGUGAGGAGGGCAAGAGAAAGGGCCGAGGCAGGCUUGCCAAGGGAAAAGAUCCAAUACACUGGCGGUAACAGGCCACAAGCACCACCGGGUCUGCAAUCACGAGAUGGUGGUAUCGGGCUGGCAAUAUCGAGGCCAACACCAGUGCCACAAUGGCCGCUCGCGGGUCCUUUAGCAUCACCGGCAUCGUCAGACGGAUCAGACAGAUACCGCCCGCCCGCCGGCAAGGUGCCGCCGCAAAGACCACCGCGCCCAAGCAGAGUGCCAUCCAUAUUAGACGGCUCGCGCGUCCAGGAUCCUACGCCAGUCUUUCAAUACACACCACAACAAGAAAGAGCAUCCCAACUCUCCGUGCCAGAGACACCAGCCACAUCAUCAUCGAGACCAACGACGACAUCAUCUGUGGGAUCAAUCCCGGAUUUCCCUUUACCCGUAGCCACGCCGUCGGCAUUGCCACGAAGGAGUGUGAAUCUAGGCCCGCCACCCUCCUCGAGAAGAGGCAAUUCGGCCUUCUACUCGACCAACUCCUACGUUUCUCCCAUUCCCGAAGAAAGUCCUCGGACAAGAUCGCAUGCCUCUUAUGCAUCGAGCGCUGCUAUCCCAGAAAGCUAUGGAACAUUAUCUCCUGGGCUUCAAGAUGACCUAUACUACGAUGACGUGAUAGCCGAGGAGUCUGUGUACAGUGACGACGAUGCGGAUGAGAGGGGCUUGGUGAGAAGCGCUAGCAUAGGGAAACGGGGAAAGCCAUCGAUAAUAACGACGAAAAGUGCAAUCUCGGAAAAGGGAGAAAUGGUUCCAAUCGUGUUGCCCAUGCGGCCGUCGCCCAAGCCACAACAGUCGACACCGUUUCAAGAUGGGACGGGAUUCAUCGAGGGGUCAUCAGGUUCAUCGUCAGAAAACGAUUCCUCGGACAGGUUACCCACGGUGGGCACAGCUUUGACGACGGACAACAUGCUUGGCGCUUAUGCAGCCGCGAGUGCUCAAGAUCCAAGUGCCAUCAGAAAAGUUGCAUCUCCAAAGCCGUACCGCAUGUCCGGGCUGCGCCGGCCGCCACGACUCGAUAUCGACGCAGUUCGCCAGGCCGAAGCAAGAGGCAGUUUGACGAGUUUACCCGAUCUCAUCAAGCGAGCGACUCGCUUAGCAGCCAUGAUGAGCGAAGGACGGAGGCCUGCCAGCCGCUUUGAUUUGGAUUUUCCCGAGGAGAUUUAUGGUCGCAAUGUUGGAAAGGAUGAUCUAGAAAAGCAUCAAUCCGGGCUCUCGGACAUGCUGGCUGCGUUCCCGCCUCCAGCCCAGGCGGCAAACGGUCGCAGAAGCAUGCGCCAGAGCACCACAUCGUGGCCACUGCCGUUUACUGGCAGGAAAUCCUACGUGGGAAGUCCUUUGGCGGAGCAACACAACAUGGACAGGACGCCACCACCAGAGGGUCGCCAAGAUCGGCCAAAGCGGCGCUGCUGCGGUCUCCCCCUGUGGGGUUUCUUGCUCUUGAUGUUUGCGUUAGUAGUGGUUAUUGCUGCCGCCAUCAUCGUCCCUCUGGAGUUCUUUGUCAUACAGAACCGCGAUGAAGCAUCGCCUACAGCACAGCCCGAGCUCUCAGACUGCCAGUCACAAAUCACCUGUGCGAACGGAGGCACGAAUAUAGUCACCGAUGGCGUCUGUUCGUGUAUUUGUACCAAUGGCUUCACCGGCAACGACUGCACAACGCUCAGCAGCGAAGGUUGCACCACUACGACCUUGUCUUCUACAGAUAGCACUUUGAGCAACGUGACGCUGGGUCAAGCCAUUCCGCGUCUUGUCCAAGAGGGCCAAACCAAUUUCUCUGUUCCCCUCUCAGCCACCACAAUACUUUCCAAAUUCAACGCGGCCAACCUCUCGUGCGUUGCGGAGAAUGCACUCGUGACCUUUGAUGGAUCAUCGACGCGAACAACCAGCACCACCACUACCAACUCCGCUGCAGUAUUGGAUGGAGACGUAGACGCAAACGUCGUGGAGGCCCAGGAGGCAGUUCCUGUGACAGUUACAAUCAUGUCGGGCGUUGCCAUCACUUUGACUCUAGACUCGGCAGCUACAGACGCGUCCAUUAUCGUGAGCACGCUGACUGAGCCGCUCAGCACUGGCAGCUUCUCCACCAUCUUUGCGACGACGCUCACAAACAGCGCAACAGCCACAGCCACAGCGACUACAACGAUUGGAACAGACACCACAGCGACCGGCACAGCGACCAGUACUGCAACCUCGGCCGCCGCCACAUCCACUUUCUCAGUUUCUGACCAGGCGCUUGAUUUCGCCCGUGUCGCCGUAUUGUUCAUCCUCCAGUCCGAGACUGUGCAGGAUGCUGUGACGGCACAAUCAUCGCUGCAGAAGUUCUUUACGUCUGCUGCCUCAACUGAUGGCGUGACGAUUGAGCAGGCCAGAAACCUUACUGUUGGAGGCACAAAUACGGUAGACCUUGUCAACUUUGCUGUGAGCGUGUAA